AUGAUCCAGGGGCGGCUCAACGACGCCGCGAUUGCACUCUACCAAGUUCUUCAACAAGCAAACGUCAAACACGGUAUAUUUGGCGGCUAUGCUAUUGCCUCACUCGGCGGACCUCGCGAGAGUAAGGAUGUUGACUGCAUUGCUGCUGUGAGCAAGGAACAGAUUAUACAAGUCCUCAAUGGCACCAACGGCUUUGUUUUCAUCAAUCAGACUCGUCAGGAUUAUGUCGCGUUCCUCUGGUCAGACAAGCCGGAUAGGAGUCAUGCCGUCCUGGUGGAGAUUUUUGUUGAACAAUUCCCAGGUGCGCAAUAUGACAUGCGGAACUUGCAAACUCGCCCAGUGCAAGUACAGGGCCAAGUCAACGGAAAUCGACCAAUCUCCCUCCUCGACCCAGUCUAUGUCUUCAAAGGCAAGCUGCGUGCCGCAGCCCUCCGCGGCAAAUUCCACGACUCUGCCGACCUCCGGUGGCUCGAGUCCCAUUACGGUAACCAGCUCAGACAGAACAAAUCGCAAUUCGACCUCCAAUAUGUCGGGCUGGCUCUCCGCCGCUACCCAGAGCUGUACAACUUGUUCGACCGGCUUGGACUCAAUAUUCCUGCGGCGGAGGCCGCCACUGCUCAGAUCGAUCUAGCACACUUGCCGGCACCCAGGCCGGGUGAUGUGCACAGAGGAUUGCUCAAGGUACCGACCCCGAGAACAUCCCCCAGAGGCUCGGCUCCGGGUUCUCGGUCAAGCUCUGCACAUAGUCGCUCCUCCAAUGGUCGCGGUAGAGGGUAA